AUGAAUAUUGAAUAAAUUUUAGAGAAAUAAGAAAAUGCAAUUAUAGAAAGUGGGUCUUUAUUACUUCCUACUUUUUAAUAUUGGUAACAAAGUAAGCAUGAUUUGGAGGAGUAUUUCUAUCUUACGAGAAGUGUUACAUCUCUUUGUCACAGUCCAUUCAAAAAAGGCAUGACCAUAAUUACAUAAUUAUGUGAACGGACUUGUGAUAAGGAUAAACAACUUACUCAUAUUUAUGAUUUUGUUAAUGUGGAAACUAUGCAUAAACAACUUGAAUUUGAAUAAGUUUGCUCCAACAAAUAUUUCAAAAAUCAUCAAACCACAUUUAGAGUUGGAACACAUUAAGAUAUAUUUGAUAAUCUGGUAAGUGAUGUGUGUGGAUAUGGUAGUUCUUCCUAAAAUUCAACAAUGCGACGCUUAUCUUUGAAGACGGACAUGAUUUACCCCUCAAAUUAGAGAAAGCAAUGAGUGCAUCAAUUAGUUCUCAUACGAUAUCAUAAAUGAUCAAGACAUUUUUUAGUCCUUAAAAAACACCAACUAAAUGGGAUUAAUAAAUGAAUAACAAAUUAAAAUUACUCUCAAAAUAAUUUCAGUCCAACAAUACCUUUUAAGUUUGUACACUCACUUAAUAACAAUAUGAUAUUUUAAUGCCAAUUAUAGCAUUUGGAAAUAGAAUAGUUUAAUAUGCAUAAGUAACACAUUUAUUAAUUAUUAGACUAUGAAUAAUCAAAAGGAUGAAUUUAUUAUUGAAUCAAAUAAGAUUGCUUAAAUUGUAACUUAAUGCACUUAAAAAAUUCCAGAUUCAGAAUUCUUUUAAUAAUUAUAAUAAUAUUUUGUUAAAUCUAAUGGAACAUUUACACAACCUAAAUAUUCUUGUAUAGAUUCAUCAAAUUAUGAAUAGUAUUUAGAUUAAAUUUACAAUUUACCAUAAAGAUAUUUAUUUCAAUAAUGGUAUAUAUUUAUAAAAUAAACAUUUGAAUUGUAGGAUUCAAAUGAAUAAGAAAUAAUAAGUUAAUAAUAAUUAAACAAUUAAAUACUUAUACCAACUACUGAUAAGAUAUCUGUAGAUAAAUCUAUAUAAGCUACAGAAUAAUAAAAUUAUAGAGAUUAUAAAUUAGUACUAUUCAUAGAUAAUAUUUAAAAUUCAUAUAAUUUAAAUCUUUUAUGUUUAAGUCCACUUUGUGGAAUGAAUAAAUUAUAAAGUAAUGGAGUUUAGAAUAUAUUAAUCAUUACUUAACAUUCAUAUCCUGCUAAAUUAUAUAAAACUGAAUUUAAUAUCCAUUUUUAAUUUUAUCCUUAAAUACCAGUUUAAGAAUUGAAACUUAAUUAAAUCCUUAUAAGCAAAGUUCAAAAUUACAAUAUUGAUUAUUUAAAUAAAACUGAAUAAAAUUUUGAUGCCAUGAUACUUGAAAUUGGUAAAUAGUUCUAAUAAAUUAAUUAUUAAUUAAAUGAUCAUGGAUUUAUAACUCUUUUUUCAUCUAAAUCCUUUAUGUAAAAAUGUUAGGAUAUAUGGAGUCAACAUUCUAUAUUAUCAUCUCUUGGUGUAAAUAAAGAAUUCUAAUGGAUAAAAUAUUAGAAUGUAUUUAUUUAUUAUUAUUAUUUUAUAGAAAAAAAGUAUAUAUGAGAUCAUACGUCUCUUUCUAAAAAAAUGUAGAUCUAAUAAUAUUGUUGGUGAUACUAUGCCUUCAAUUUAUACUGUAUUUAAUGAUUUAUUUUUGGAUCAAUUAUAAGAGGCCAUUUAAAUAUAAUUAGAUUAUUAAAUUAAACAUCCUUAAACAUUAAAAAAUUCAUCAUAAAUAACAGUAUUUUUAUUGGGAGUACCAUGGGCUAGUUAAUUUAUGUAUUAUUAAGAAAAUGGACAUGAAUAAUUACCAUAAGUGCAAUUAAAUCUAAAAUUAGAAUGGUUAAAGAAUUUAAAAAAUAAUGUAAUAAAUUCAAAUAUUAAAGUAUGAUAGGAAAUAUUUUAGUAUGGUGAAUGCAAUUAGAAAUAUCUCAAGAUUAUAACAUAUACUUGAUUCAUUAUGUCCAUGUAAUUUGAUAGUUUUAGAUGAAAAAUUCUAAUAGAAAUUAUUGUGGAAAGAUGAGAAUUUUCCAAAUGUUCUAAGUUUUCCAGAUGUUAUUAAAGAAUUAAAGAAAGUAUAUAAAUAAAUUAUAAAUAUUUUAGUAAGUUCCAGUUUUAGUAAGAUCUGAAAAUUUAAAUGAGAAUAGAAAAGAUACUUAAAAGAUUGAAAAUAAAAAAGGUUAAAUUAUUAAAUUACAUUUCAAAUAACCAGUUCAAAUUUAAACAUCUAAAAGAAAAAUAAUGUUAAAUAAAACAUUAUUAGGAGAUAUUUACAAUCCUUAAAAGAAAUCUCUACCUGUUGAAUAAUAAUGUGAAAAGAUUACUAUUGAGUAAUUAAUAGGAUAGACUGAAACUAAAGAAACAAAUAAAUCUGAUAAUUAAUUUGAAAUGGAAGAAUUGAAAUGUGUUAUUUGUUGGUCUAAUACACCAGAUAAAACUAUGUGUAAAUCUGAAAAAUGUGGUCAUGUAGCAUGUUAAGAUUGUUGGAAAUAAUGGUUAUAAACAAAAUUAGAAUGUCCCUUAUGUAGAGCUAGAGUAAGAGAAAAGUUUCUUAUAAUAAUUUGA